CCUACACCCUUCACACGGUCAUGGAGUCUCCAACGUCACCAGAUUGAAGCAUUUCCCUCCAUGGCCAUCUAAUGAUUCUUUCCCCUACACCAGCCUGUUGACUGCCAUGGCGUACAUUGCACCCAUCCACCGGCCCAGCAGCAUACGCCAUGCUCUGCGGGCAAGGAUCUUCGGCGAUGAAGAGAGCCUGGUGAUAGCAAAGACGAACCGGCUCGAGAUAUAUGGCCUCGUCGAAAACCAACUGAUCCUCCGGCACUCCAAUGUCAUCAAUGGGUCCAUCUCCAUGCUCCAGAAGCUGUCGCCAAAAGACAACACAACAGACCUGCUCUUCGUCGGCACCGACAGGGCCCAACACUUCACCCUCGCUUGGAACCCCGAGAUAAGACAGCUUGAGACAAUACAAUUUAACCAGGAUGUCGGCGAGAGGUUCAUGCGCGACUCUCAGAGCCAGGACAAAUGCGUGGUGGACCCGACCGGCCGGUUCAUGGCCCUGCACCUGUGGGAGGGAGUCCUGACCGUGGCGCGGCUGCAGUCAAGAGGGCGCAACUUGAAUCAGAUAGACUGGAUGGAACAGCCGCGUCUUUCAGAGCUCUUCAUCAAGUCGAGCACCUUCCUUUACUCCGAGACCGGGCAUCCCAAGAUCGCCUUCCUUUACCAAUCACAGGCCGACGCUCCCGAUGCAAAACUAGCCACAUACCGCUUCACCUCUGACGACAAGGAUACCAAGGCUUCUAAUUUCGACCCUCUGAAAGAUCGAGAGAUUUCAAAAGACGUGGCCGACCCGGGAGCCGCCAUGCUAAUACCAGUCCCAAAGGUGGAACAGGAGAAGAGGCACAACUUCCGCCUUACCGAAACCAACAAUGCGAAGGCGUACCUUGGAGGUGUUCUUGUCGUUGGCGAGACUCGCAUCACUUACAUCGACGACACGACCCAGGCAGAGGUCACGGAGCCUUUGAAGGAAGCCUCGAUAUUCGUCGCUUGGGCCCCAUACGAUGAGAGACACUACUUGGUGGCGGACGAAUAUGGCAGGAUGUAUCUGCUUACUAUCCUCACCAAGAACAAUACUGUGGAGGUUGACCGGCUGCAGAUGACAGUAAUUGGUAAAACAUCCCGAGCGAGUUGCCUCGUCUACAUGGACAACUUUCUCUUUGUCGGCUCGCAUUACGGAGACUCUCAAUUGUGGCGGGUUGAUUUCGAACAGGACGCGGGUCGCUUCCUCCAGCUGGCCCAAGUGUUCCCAAACAACGCGCCAAUACUCGACUUUGCUAUCAUGGAUAUGGGCAACCGCGAAGGCGACAGUCAACUUGGAAAUGCCUACUCCUCCGGUCAAGCUCGUGUCGUCACGGGAAGCGGUGUCCAUAAGGAUGGAAGUCUGCGUAGCGUGCGAAGUGGCGUUGGACUCGAAGAUAUCGGAAUCCUCGGAGAACUCGAGGACGUCAGGGGUUUAUUCUCUCUGCGAUCUAGCGGCUCCGACAAGGUUGACACACUGGUUGUCUCGUUUAUAACAGAAACGCGAGUGUUCAGGUUCGACUCGGCCGGAGACGUCGAAGAGGUGGAAAGCUUAAAAGGCCUGACGCUCGAUUCACACACACUCCUUGCGGCCGAUCUCGACAAUGGAAGGCGAUUGCAGGUGACGACCAAUGCCGCGCGGCUAUACGAUAGGGACAGCGGAACGGAAGUCGCAUCGUGGGAUCCACCGACUCACGGCUCGACAAUCACAGCCGCCUCGGCAAAUUCGAAAUGGCUAGUGAUAUGCGUGGACGGGAAAUCACUGAUCUCUCUCAAUGUGGAAAAGGAGCUUGUCGUGUCAGGACAAAGUCAUAGCAGUGACCAAGACCAAGUGGCCUGCGUUCAUGCGUCACCUCACUUGAUUGACGUCGGCGUCAUUGGUUUCUUCACAUCCGGCAACUUCUCACUGGUGGACUUGGCAACAUUGGAACCACAGAAGGGCGAAUCACUCCGCAGGUCGGAAGACAACGCCUCCAUUCCUCGAGACAUCGCCUUGGUACAAGUUUUGCCACGCAAAGUGGGAGGCCCAACACUCUUUGUGGCAAUGGAAGACGGCAACGUUGUCACGUACAACGUAGCGGCAGAUCUCUCACUCAGCGGUCGCAAGAGCGUGAUUCUAGGCACACGACAAGCUCGUUUCCAUCUGCUACCUCAGUCUGACGGUGUCACAAAUAUCUUCGCGACCACAGAGAACCCCAGUCUUAUCUAUGGAUCAGAAGGCAGGAUCGUGUACUCGGCGGUGACAGCCGAGGAUGCGACCUAUGUCUGUUCCUUUGACACAGAUGCUUACCCCAACUCUGUGGUUGUGGCGACCGAUUCUACCAUCAGAAUUUCCAAGAUAGACACGGAGCGUAGGACACACGUCAAGUCGCUGGAAAUGGGCGAGACAGUGCGCCGCAUCGCAUACUCUCUGAAAGAACAGGUCUUCGGACUCGGGUGUAUCAAGCGCGAGCUCAAGAACGGAGAAGAAGUAGUGACAAGCUCUUUCAAGCUCGUCGACGAGGUUGUGUUCGGGAACGUCGGCAAACCAUUCUUUCUGGACCAGGCGGCUGGCGAGAUAGUCGAAUGUGUAAUCCGGGCAACACUUCCAGACUCAUACGGAAACCCGGCUGAGAGGUUUCUGGUGGGCACCGGCUUCCUACCCGCAGAGGAUGUCCCAUCGCCAACAGACAACAACAAGGGCCGACUUUUGGUGCUGGGGGUUGAUAGCGACAGAAAUCCCUAUCUGCUCCUCAGCCACAAGUUCAAGGGCGCCUGCCGAUGCCUAGCCGUAAUGGACGACAUGAUCGUGGUCUCACUCACCAAGACCGUGAUAGUGGGCAAGUACUUUGAGGAGUCUUCUACAUCGGGCAGACUCGAGCGCGUGGCAUCGCACAGGCCAUCGACAUAUCCUGUGGACCUUGCUGUGCACGGAAAUAUCAUCGCGGUUGCAGACUUGAUGAAGUCAAUUAGCCUACUUGAGUUUAUUCCCGCGAAAGAUGGCAACUCUGCGAUGCUGACGGAGCGCGCCCGUCACUAUCAGUCUGCUUGGGCCACGGCUGUUUGCCACAUCGAAGACCAAUCGUGGCUGGAAGCGGACGCCCAGGGGAACUUGAUGGUACUCAGGAGAAAUCCAGAUGGUCCGACUUUGGAUGAUCAGAGGAGAAUGGAGACCGUCAGCGAGAUGAACUUGGGUGAGAUGGUCAACUGCAUCAGAAAGAUAGCAGUCGAGACCAGCUCAAGUGCCAUGAUUGUGCCGCAGGCAUUUCUCGGAACGGUCGAGGGUUCCAUCUACAUGUUUGGAACAGUAGCAUCGCACGCGCAGGAUCUCCUCAUGAGAUUCCAGUCCAGACUUGCGGACAGGAUACGGACACCGGGAGAUAUCCCGCUUGACAAGUACAGGUCUUUCAGGAACGCGGAACGAGAGGGCGAGGGACCUUUCAGGUUCCUUGACGGAGAAGUGCUUGAGAGAUUCUUGGAUAUGGACGAGGAAACACAACAAGAGGUCUGCCAUGGACUGGGGCCCAGUGUUGAGGAUAUGCGGAAUAUUGUGGAGGAGCUGAAGCGCAUGCAUUAGAUGCUGUGGUCCUGUCUCACUAGCUGUAGGCUACAGCCUCAUUGUAUUUUACAUGUGGUAGAGUAAAUAUCAUGACCGACAUGUCAAGUAA